AUGAAGAGAUACCAACAACACACACACGCAAGCUGGCACCGCGCCUAUGCAGGCAAAUUCGAUUGCCCUUGGUGCCAGACCCCUCACCGGGCAGAAAGCACACCACCUCACCUGAACCGAGGCAGCCGCAAGCAAUCGGCAAGGGGCUCAGACAGUGGCAUAGCUAGCAGGGCAGUCGCUACAUCAACACCGCUCGGACGUCGAAUAAAGCAUGGAGGAUCUGAGACUCCUAUCCAAGAUCAGGCUGCUGGAACUCCGCUCCCACAAACUCCAGGUUCGGCUCCGGACGCGAACAACGAAGACACUCCAGGGCCGGAAUCCGAUUCAAAUUACCCGCGAUAUAACGGGCGCACUGGGAAACCCGAUGGUUUGAAUAACGGGUUCGCGUCAGAUACACCGCGUCCGCCGCUUCCUGAGGAGUGGACGAAGGAGGUUGAGGCGAAGGAAAAUGGUGCCGCGGAAUGGAGCCCACCGGCCGUGGAAGACUGGCGCUCUGGCCUAGAGACGAAUGGGGAGGUUCCAAUGCCUGUUGAUGAGAAAAUUGGCUCUCCCGAGUUGAGUGUGAAGGAGUUGGAGAAGACUGGUUGA